AGACCGUCAUAAAAUUUCAUUCGUUAAUGAUGGAGGCCUCAAACUUGGCCAUUUUGAUAUUUUCAACAUCCUUUUUCCAUUUCUGGCAUGCGUUAAGUCAUAGCCCAUAAUUUUAUGAAAAGUAGGUCUCGUGAUGGCUUAGCUUUAAAGGGCCUAUUAGAAUUAGAAGCGAAGUUACAUGCUCUGGGAUGGCACAAUGUGAUGUUACACGCGUGGUCAACGCGCGAGUGCGGGGGCGAAAUGAUUGAUUACCCGACAUUUUGACUCGCGUUUUUCGUGCGCUAUGUACUUUCCUGGCGUAUCGUGCAAGAAUCUAUGUACAGGGUAAGAGAGAACUACACAAAAGCUUAAGAAAUUGUUUGGUUUUACGAAAAAGGAAAACAGUUAUCGCAUGCUCAUUUUCAACAUUUUCAAACAUGUCGGGAUCUAUACCAAAUCAAUCCAAUACCAAACUUUCAAAGACACCGCCUCUUCAAAUGUCGCAUUAAGACUGACAACGUUUUCAAAAGCCUGUUAGUAAUCUAUUUGCGAACUAAAAGCAGAAAGGAUUUUAAUCAGCGCGGUAUCUUGUCUUGUAACAAAGAAUGUAGAUUUAAUAGAAAUCUGCUUUAAUCUUCAAUUGUAGCCAGCACCAAAAGUACUGCGUAGGUGUUCAUAAGACCGGGGAUUAAUUCUCUCACCCUUUGUCCCCUCUUGAUUGCACCAAUCAGAUUCUUUAAAAAUAGUCAUGUGUUUGUUUCCCUUAUUUUUGUUUGCGCUGUUUGAGAGAACUCUGAGAACAAUUGGUCAAAUGUUUGCCUAACGGCAACGAUCAAAUGUCUCAAGAUUUAGUGACGAGUUAUUCCAGUUUUAAGUUAUGGCAACAGAAGUUUCUGAAGAGCCAUGGGCUCCGUCCUGUUCUAAGCGCGUUUUAGGCAUGACGAGUUUUUAAGUUGCCCAUUAUUCAUGAGGUAGGUUGAAGUCAACCCUGAGGCGAGAUUCAUAGACGAUACAUACCUUUAUUCGGCUGCCGUGUGCAUGGCCGAUGAUGGAACGUUUUAUUGCAGGUUGUUCUUUUAAAUUGCCUUCCAAAGUGUUUUGAUAACCUUUCUUUUGUAAACCGUGAUGUUUUGAUUGACUGGUUCUUCGCCCGACACAAGAAUUUCGAGAAUCUGUAGGCGUUCAAUCAAAAAUGAUCUUUCACGCGUAAAGGUUAGCUGCCAUUUGAAGCAAGUCAGUUUUCGAGCAGAUAAAAGCGCGCAGGAAAUUCAUCUCACUCAGGCAAUGCUACUCGCUGGUCGAAGAUGAAAGCUGUUUACAGAAACAUAUGGUAACAAAAGACCACUAAACUAUAUUUCAUCGCUUCAUUUUGCUGCCAUGGCCGCCCUUCCAGAAAGCCGACGCAACAAUUCAAGCAUUAAUCCUCUGGACCUUUACUCUGGGCUUCCUUCGACCAGUCCAGUAUACCAUGAUCUGUGCGAGGACUCUGCGGCUUUUACUACUUCACCAGUUUCUGCGGUUGUCGCGUCAUGCUACGCAAUUCUGAUACCACUAACAGUACUGGGAAACGGUUCUGUAAUUGCAGCAUUUGCGACAAAUGGCAGGCUAAGAACUGCCACAAGCUUUUUCAUCGUUGGCCUUGCCGCCAGUGAUUUGUUAGUGGGUACUUUUGCGGUGCCCUUUUGGACGUUUGUCGUGUCGCACGACAAUAUCAUGGCUGGUUACUGUUUCUCGACUUAUGCAGUGUACAUCAGCUUUGAUGUUUUUGCCGGCUGCGCUUCCAUUUUACAGCUCACUUCUAUCGCACUCGAGCGAUUUAUCUCGGCGCAGUGGCCGUUGAUUCAUCGCAAAAUGCCUCGACGUGUCUAUUGCGCCAUGAUUUUUGUAGCAUGGCUUAGUGCCACUGUUAUGGCCGCCUUGCAACCCUUGCAAGCAAGAACGCCACGUUGGCGGGAAACCUACACCAUAUUUUUAUUUCUCACCUACUUCUGCUUCCCGCUUGUGAUAAUCGUGACUUGCUAUUGCUAUAUUUUCAAGAUCAGCAGGUUUCAAGCUAGGAGACGUCUUUCGAGUUCCUCGACGCGCUGCGGGCACACUCCUGGAGGGGCCAUUAAGGAAUUAAACGUCGCCAUUACCGUGGCAGUGAUAACAAUCCUAUUCAUAGUCGCUUGGCUGCCUUUCUUCGUGGUCACAGUCAUUGCGACGUUUUGUUUGUCGUGCCUACCGUCCCCACAGGGACUGUUACACCUAGUUAAGUUUCUGAAAUUCUUGCAAUACAGCAGCAGUGCUGUUAAUCCUUAUAUCUACGCCUACAGGAACACUGAAAUGCGGCGAACAUUGGCGAAAAUUGCCAGCAAAUUUUUACCGUGCGAUGUGGGCUUGGCAAGGACAAGAAAUAUAGUUGGCCAAUCCAUUAUGCAAGGUCAGGCUCAGGAGCGUCAGCAAUCCAUUUCGUUAAGGAAUGUUAUUUCUUCCGAAGAAAGACGCGUUUUUGACGAGAAAAUACAAGAUAAGACCCCAACAAAACCACCAAAGAAACGCAAAAAGAAAACAGUUGUAAUUUAUUUGUAACGUCUUUCAUUUAAUUGGUUCCUGUUUUACACAGCAAUUUUAAAACUUUGGUUCGAAUUUAUCGAUGAGCUCUCAAAAGAUAAAAAAGUAUCAUAGAGUCUCUUAUGAGUUUAAUAUAUACAGAUCUUUAUGAUAGGGUUAGCUGAAAGUGUUUAUUUGUUUAUCUAAUUACAAAGGUAAAAGUUGGUUAUCGAGGAGAAAAUGAAACUGUUUUAAAACAUGAUGGCAAUCCUAACUUUCAGAGAGUUGUGAAAUAAAUGGAAUAUCAAGUUUCGUA